AUGGAAGAGCUGGUGGUACUCAGAGGCGUAAAAGAUGAAUUGACGGUUCACAAUGACACGGUCUUAUUAAGAAAUGACAAAUUAGUGAUACCGAAAACACUCCGAAAUCGUGCGAUAAAACUGGGACAUGAAGGGCACCAGGGAAUUGUUAAAACUAAAAGCUAUAUACGAUCAAAGGUAUGGUUUCCGAACAUGAAUGCAGAAAUUGAAACAGCAAUACAAAAAUGUCUAGCCUGUCAAGCCAACUCAAGGGAACCAAGACCGCGAGAACCACUGAAAAUGUCAGAUUUGCCAUCUGGACCUUGGAAAAAUAUAAGUGCAGAUUUUUGUGGACCUCUAGAAAACGGUGAUUACCUAUUGGUUGCAGUAGAUGAGUACUCGCGAUAUCCAAUAGUUGAAAUAGUAAAGAGUGUUUCAGCAAAUAUGGUCAUACCGGUUAUGGACAAAAUAAUUUCAAUGUUUGGUGUCCCCAAAGUGAUUAAAACAGAUAAUGGAUCGCCAUUUAAUAGUACGGCAUUUGCGGACUUUACGGUUUUAUACACAGAAAAAUCACGCCUAGGUGGCCAAGGGCUAAUGCUCAGGCAGAAGCAUUCAACAAACCGUUGA